GACUCACGAUAGUACGUGAAAUGGACGCCUAUCCUGUCUACAACAGUAACCCAAUGGAUUAUGAUAUCGAUAAUGUGGAUCCCAAACAUGGGAAGAUGCCUUGUGCCGAAGAACGCUUCGACAGCGGCCUGGACUCCCUCAGAGAGGAGGAAUAUAACAAUAUUGUGAAAGAAAUGGAAAGUCUGAAAAUGGCUCCUGCGGGACCAACAAGAAUCGAGUGCAACAACGAGCCGUGGAAGCUAGAGAGGACCGAGGACGGAGACACGUUUCUUCAUCUGGCAAUUAUUCACGAAUCACCCGUGCACGCCAUGCAGAUGAUUGAUUUGUCUCGUGGAGACCCUUUCCUGAAUGCACAGAACAAUCAGAGACAGACUGCCCUGCACCUGGCCGUGGUCACAGAGCAGCCCCUUGUGGUGGAGAGGUUACUCCAGGCCGGUUGCGACCCGCAGCUGGUGGACGACUGUGGAAACACCGCCCUCCACAUUGCCUGUAAAAGGGGGUCCCUGGCCUGCUUUGGGGUGCUCACCCAGUACUGCUCCAGCUUCCUCUCCUCCAUCCUCACCAAGCCAAACUACGGUGGUCACAACUGUCUUCACCUAGCCUCCAUCCAUGGUUACCUCUGCCUUGUGGAGAGCCUUUUGAGGCUUGGCGCAGACAUCAAUGCACAGGAGCAGUGUAAUGGUCGCACCGCACUCCACCUGGCCGUGGACCUCCAGAACCCAGAGCUGGUCAAACUCCUCGUCUCCAAGGGCGCCGACGUCCACACCCUGACCUACGGGGGCUACACCCCGUACCACCUGACCUUUGGGCGGCAGAACAGGGAGAUCCAGCAGCAUCUGUACACCCUGACGGCAGAGGAGCUGAGGCAGCUGCCACAGAGCGAAUCUGAAGAGAGUGACGAGGACUCCUCGUCAGAGGAUGAAGAGAUGUACGACGAUAUUCAGCUGAUGGGACAGAAGUAAGGCGAUUGCAGACCCCUCUCCCACCAAACACAGCCGUACAAGGAAGAGACUUCUGUCGCAGGCAGACCCAGAGGCAUUGCCGUGGAGCUCCAGCCCCCAACACCAUACUCCCAGCCAGGGGCAGUAUAACUGGGCCAGAGACAGACACAGUCAGAGGCGAAGCUGAUGAUGGCGAUGGCUUUAGAAGAAUGAAGGAAUGGAUGAAGUAAUACGGGAAACCAGAAAGAUAGAGAAGAUGUUCCUGACUUCAUAAAGGAAACUCAUAUUUUCAAGAUGUGAAAACUCGAUAUCAUGUAGUAUACUGUACAUAGAAAGAGAUAUAUUUUUGUAUGUGUAAAUAUGUUCACAGCAAAUUGUAUAACACUAUUGUAAUAAUUCAUUUGCUUCAAGUAAGACGGAAGGAGUCAAGAAAUUCUUAAAUUAAAAAGGAUAAAUCUA